GAUGACUUUCUACGUAUCAGAAUGGAAACUAAGAACUCAAUGAAUACUCAAGUACAUAAAACAAUGAGAUCUUGGAACUUUCAAACUGUUUAAGGUAAUUCCGCUAUGAUGGGUCUGCAAGUUAAUAAGCGCAAGUUCCACGUAGAUAGCUACGACAGUGGACCACCAGCCGCCAAGAAUUCUCGUCUGAAUUGGCCACCACCAGCGGAGGAUAGCAUCGCAAAGCUGCAAGCAGUGGCGGUACCUGGCGAAGCCUGGACGCUACCGUCAGCACCUCAGAACCAGUACAACCCCAGCAGAUCGGUUCUGGUAACCAGCAUAUUAGACGAUAAUUUCGAGGAUGAAGAAGAUGAACUCGAUUAUGAUUAUGAGGAUGAACUCCCAAUCCAUCAACAUUGGUUUCCUCCAGUAGUCCAGCAGCCUCAACAAACCAUUCGGUGCGCCGAGAACGGAAAAUCUUAUUUGGAGCUCGGAGGUGCUAAUUAUGUAAGGCCGAAUAGCAGGCAGUUUUACCGCGAAAGGAGAAUGCGCAUGAUGAAUCUAUCCAUGUGCAAAUUGGCGAGGUUUAGGCAAUGUCCGGAUCCUCCGCUUAGGAGGUCAGUGUUAAUCUGUAAUACCUUGAGAUCCAUUGAACGUGAAAUGGAAGAUGAAGAACAACAACAAAAUUCUUUCAAUAACGUUUGUUGGCAAGGUAGUAAUGAUUCUGGCAGAUCAACACCUUAUCCAAUGCCUACGCCACCUCCUGUGAUUCAAAGCCAACCUGUUAAUCAAGCGCCCGAUUGUGAUUCUGGCUACAGUGACGAUGAAUCAGGGAAAUCUAUAGACUGGGGUUCUGUGUUAAGUUUAUCGGCAUUAGAUCCUAUAGUACCUUCUGCAGAAGAUGACUUUGCGGAUCUAUUACCUUCAUGGGGUAGGAUACCUAGUGAAUUAACAGACUUAGAUUCCCCACAACGAAUACUUGUGCGAAGUUAGUGGUGGGUCAAAUCAGUGUAGAUAGUCUAGAACAAUAUACAAAACAAAUUCUGUACAUAAUAUAUAUUAAAGAUUAUAUAUGGGAGUAAAGUUGCCGGGUGCGGUGCUUGUUAUAAGAAAAUCAUUUAUUUUUAUAAAGACAUUAUGGUUUUAAAAGCAUCUGUGUGAUUGAAUGAGUUCAAUGCAAAAUGUGGUAUAAAAUUAUUACCUCUUAAUUAUAUUGUUAUAUAUUUUAUAAUUUACACUUAAAUGCAAAACUUAGAAAAAUUUUAGUUUUAAAUUGAAUAAGCAAAUUGUAAAUAAUGUGAAUAUUAUUGAUAUUUAAGACAGGCAAACACAAUUUCAUAAAUCUUAUAAAAAAUCAGGAGUAAAUAUUUUCUUUAUGAAAAAGCAGUGAAUUGAAUAGAAAAUAAGAAAUUCAAAACUCUAGUCGUACCUAAUACUAGUAUAAAUGAUGAAAUAUAUUAUAAGGUGAUAGAGUGUAGAAACUAACAGAUAUAUUUGUUUAAAAAAUUAUAAAAAACGAUUAUACUUAAAAAAUCACAAAACAAAAAUAACAAUGUCAAAAUUUUAUAUUGGCAGAAAUAUAGGUACUUAUGUAAUUGACCAAACUGUUUUCAAAUUUUUAAUGUUCAAAUUAGCACAAU